CAACGCUGAGGACAUACAAACAUUUUUUUAAUUAAAAGUAGCCGAUUGAUAAGUGGAGAAAAUCAAAUCGUUUCGUGUUGGAUCGAAAAAAUGGAAUCCAAGAUUAUGUUUGUCGGGAUAUUUUUAUAUUUAGCGACAUUUUGCAUAUUAUCUACAAAACAAGACUUGACGUUGAACACGUAUGACAGAACAUAUGCCUUUGGGGCGGGUCUUCGUGGGGAGCUCACCACUUUGACAGACUGUAUAAACUUCUGCAAGAAUUCACAGCUCUGUUAUGGGGCAGAUUGGAACAGAGACUACAACGAGUGUUGGAUACACGAACGGCCAAUUAAUCCAAACGAUAUUGUUGAAGGCCUUGAUGCAUGCUGCACACAGUUCAGGAAAACAUGCAACACGUGUCCAACAACUGGCGAGACAUUGGUAAACCAUCGUAUAAUCGGUGGGACGAGCCAGGGUACCGGGACGGCUGCACAAUGUGCGGCAGUGUGUGACGCUGACCCUGCUUGUGUUGCUUCAACUCUCAGUGACACUGGCGAAUGUUUCACGCAUACUGGACCAUUAGAUUUCACUACUUACCCAUACGAUGACUCGGGCGAUGCAGUAGGAUAUACGACAUACAGGAAGUUAACAUGCGAUGAUGGUCUCCCCACUGAGACCGUUGCCUCCUGUCCUGAUGGGUGGCUCGAGGAGACAGUGGGGACUACAAGCAGAUGCCUCAAGGCAUUCAGGUACCCGAUCAAUGCCAACGCUUAUUACAAGAGACGUGAAGAGGCCGCUUGGUUCUGCUUGGAUAGUGACCCUGCGAGAGGUGGGGGACCCCUUGGAAGAUUAGCAAACAUUAUGAAUCUUGCAAUUGAUGGGUUGUUCUUUGUACAAUCUAUGCAGGCGAAUGGUAUGGACCCUACACUAGACAGGUUAUGGCUUGGACCAACUGACGAAUUAACAGAUGGUGAGUGGUGUGGCACAGAUGGACUGGAUGCUUCUGCUAAUCUACCAGCUAAUACAGGGACUGCAAAUUCUCCUGAUUAUAGCAUCUUGGCACCUGUUCUCUCAGUAGAGGUCUCUGGCAAUGUUAAUGGUGAUCCGUCACUUGUAGGGUACAUUUGUGAACUACCAUUGGCAUAAAUAACUGUAUGGUACAAUGUGAACUACCAUUGGCA